AUGUCGUCUCUGAGCAGAGAGUUAGUGUUCUUGAUCCUUCAGUUCUUAGACGAAGAGAAGUUCAAAGAAUCUGUUCACAAGCUAGAGCAGGAAUCUGGGUUCUACUUUAAUAUAAAGUACUUUGAAGAGAAAGCUCUCGCCGGUGAAUGGGACGAAGUUGAGAAGUAUCUCUCAGGGUUCACUAAGGUUGAUGAUAAUCGUUACUCUAUGAAGAUUUUCUUUGAGAUCAGGAAGCAGAAGUAUCUCGAAGCUCUAGAUCGGAAUGAUAGAGCCAAAGCUGUUGAGAUAUUAGCUAAAGACUUAAAAGUCUUUGCGACCUUUAACGAGGAGCUUUACAAGGAGAUUACUCAGCUUCUGACUCUUGAGAAUUUUAGGGAGAACGAGCAGUUGUCUAAAUAUGGUGAUACAAGAUCAGCAAGGAGUAUAAUGUAUACUGAGUUGAAGAAGCUUAUUGAGGCGAAUCCUCUGUUUAGAGAGAAGCUAGCCUUCCCUAGCUUCAAGGCUUCUCGCCUGAGGACUUUGAUUAACCAAAGCUUGAAUUGGCAGCACCAGCUAUGUAAGAAUCCGAGGCCUAAUCCUGACAUCAAAACAUUGUUCUUGGAUCACUCUUGCAAUGCGGCAAACGGUGGUGCUCGUGCAAUCACUCCUGUGAAUCUCCCUGUUGCUGCUGUUGCUAGACCUUCUAACUUUGUUCCUCUUGGAGUACAUGGUGGACCGUUUCAACCUAGUGCUGCUCCGGCUCCUAACCCCAAUGCUUUAGCUGGAUGGAUGGCUAACCCACACCCUUCUUCUUCGGUCCCAUCUGGUGUUGUGUCUGCUUCCCCGUUUCAGCUUCAGCAGCCAAAUCAAGUUAAUGUGCUUAAGCAUCCCCGGGCACCGUCAAACUCACUAGGACUGAUGGAUUAUCAGAACGCUGACCACGAGCAACUCAUGAAACGCUUACGGUCUGCACAAACCAGCAACGAGGUCACAUACCCUGCUCAUCCUCCUCAUCCCUCUGCCUCACUUGAUGACCUUCCUAGAAACGUUGUGAGUACAAUGCGCCAAGGGUCGGUGGUGAUGAGCAUGGAUUUUCACCCUGCGCAUCACACUUUACUCGCUGUUGGUUGUUCAAGCGGCGAAGUCAGCUUGUGGGAAGUUGGAUCCAAAGAGAAGAUUGUCACACAGCCUUUUAAGAUAUGGAAUAUGGCCGCCUGCACUGGGAUCUUCCAGGGUACUAUUGUCAAAGAACCAUCGAUAUCUGUCACUCGUGUAGCUUGGAGCCCUGAUGGAAAUUUGAUGGGAGUUUCUUUUACUAAACAUUUGAUCCAUGUAUAUGCCUACCAAGGCUCGGAACUACGCCAACACCUUGAGAUUGAUGCUCAUGUAGGCUGUGUAAAUGACUUGGCGUUCGCCCACCCAAACAAGCAAAUGUGUGUUGUGACUUGUGGAGAUGACAAAUUGAUUAAGGUGUGGGAUCUGAGUGGGAAGAAGCUUUACACCUUUGAAGGCCAUGAUGCUCAGGUUUACUCCAUCUGCCCUCACCAGAAGGAGAACAUUCAGUUUAUAUUCUCAACUGCUCUUGACGGUAAGAUCAAGGCUUGGCUCUAUGAUAACGUUGGUUCUCGAGUUGAUUACGACGCGCCAGGACAGUGGUGUACAACGAUGCUAUACAGUGCUGAUGGUAGCAGGUUAUUUUCUUGUGGAACGAGCAAAGAGGGAGACUCUUUCCUUGUCGAGUGGAAUGAGAGCGAAGGUGCCCUGAAGAGAACAUAUCAAGGCUUCAGGAAGAAAUCUAAUGGAGUUGUUCAGUUUGAUACAACUCGUAACCGUUACUUAGCUGUUGGUGAAGACAAUCAAGUCAAAUUCUGGGACAUGGACAAUACAAAUCUCUUGACAACCGUUGACGCUGAAGGAGGACUUCCUAAUCUUCCUCGUUUGAGGUUCAACAAGGAAGGGAACCUUCUUGCGGUGACUACAGCGGAUAAUGGAUUCAAGAUCCUUGCAAAUGCUGAUGGUCUUAGAACGUUGAGAGCUUAUGAAGCUCGGUCUUAUGAAGCAUCUAAAGCAUCCAUUGAUAUGAAGGUAUCAACUUCCGCAAUGGUUUCAAGCAUGAGUCCAGCAGCUGUUGGUAAAGUUGAACACAUGGACACAGACUCUCCUGCUAGGCCAACUCCAAUCCAUAAUGGAAUUGAGGCAAUGUCAAGAACUAUGGAGAAGCCAAGACACUUGGAAUCUGUUGAUAAGAAACCCUUGGAGUUAACAGAGAUUGUUGAUCCUACUCAGUGCCGACAAGUGACCAUGCCAGAUAGCAAGGAUUCUGUCAGCAAGGUUGCUCGGCUUCUUUAUACAAACUCUGGUGUUGGCGUCCUUGCUCUGGGAGCAAAUGGUGUCCAAAGACUAUGGAAGUGGAGCCGCAAUGAGCAGAAUCCAACAGGGAAGGCAACGGCAAGUGUAACUCCACAGCAUUGGCAGCCAAACAGUGGUCUCCUAAUGGCAAACGAUGUUCCUGAGAAUCCUGAAACAGCUGUGCCAUGUAUAGCGCUUUCUAAGAAUGACUCAUAUGUCAUGUCAGCGUGUGGUGGAAAGGUUUCUUUAUUCAAUAUGAUGACUUUCAAAGUGAUGACAACUUUCAUGCCACCACCACCAGCUUCAACAUUCCUGGCGUUUCAUCCUCAAGAUAAUAACAUUAUUGCAAUUGGAAUGGAAGACUCUAGUAUCCAUAUUUACAAUGUCAGGGUAGAUGAGGUGAAAACAAAGUUGAAAGGUCACCAGAAGCAUAUAACUGGUCUUGCUUUCUCCACUGCACUCAAUACACUUGUCUCUUCUGGUGCUGAUGCUCAGCUAUUCUUCUGGACCGCUGACUCAUGGGAGAAGAAGAAAUCUUCAGUGAUUCAACUACCACCUGGUAAAGCACCAGUGGGAGACACAAGAGUCCAGUUCCAUAACGACCAAAUCCAUUUAUUGGUUUCACAUGAGACGCAGCUUGCUAUUUAUGAUGCUUCAAAGAUGGAAUGUAUACAUAAGUGGGUGCCACAAGAAGCUCUCUCUUCCCCCAUUACCUCUGCAUCUUACUCAUGCAACAGCCAGCUGGUUUACGCAUCAUUCACUGAUGGAAACAUUGCAGUCUUUGAUGCUGAAUCCUUGAGACUCAGAUGUCGCAUUGCUCCAUCUGCUUACAUGCCUCAACCGACACCCAACAGUGCACCAAUCAUUCCACAAGUGAUCACAGCUCAUCCACAAGAACCGAACCAACUAGCCGUUGGACUCUCUGAUGGUUCAGUUAAAGUGAUUGAGCCAUCAGAAGCAUCUAGAAGAUGGGGCGUAGGGGUCGCAGUUACUGCAGAUAAAUCAGGAGCCGAGAAUGGACGGCCAUCGAGUUCCUCUGCAGCUAAUAACUCAAGUUCAGAUCAUCAGAUUCAAAGGUGAAAAAUAGUUGCUGUCAGUUAAAGUUAGUUGACGGUGAAAAAUAGUUGCUUUGGGUUGUAAAGUUGUGAUAGCUUGUCCUGUUUUUUGUAAAUGGGAUUCUUAAAUCAUAUCAAGUAGGAUUAUUAAUAACCGUUUAUUUUGUAUUUGUCGACGUUAUAACAUUAAAAAAAGUUCUACUCUUGAAUGUAGUUUUUUUUAUAUA